UUUGGCGCGGUUGGUAGAUGACUGUUUCCUGGUGGUGGGGCGACACUGGCGGACGUCUGACUCGCGGUCGUCCCGGCUCCUUCUAAAGAGGCAGAGUGGGUGUUUUAUAAGACGUAGAGUUGGAUUUGGCUGAUUACUUUUAACCUUCAGAAGCUUGCCCUGCGCAGUCAGGCACACGGAAAUACCUCAAAAUGCCUCCGGUAGAAAAGGACGCCGGGAAGAAGGAGCUCAAGUCCCGGAUUCAAGAGCUUAUUGACUCCAACCAAGUCAUGGUUUUCAGCAAAAGCUACUGUCCGUUUUGUGUAAAGGUGAAAGACCUGUUCAAAGAGCUGAACGUGGACUGUAAUGUGAUGGAGUUGGAUCUCAUGGAGAAUGGAACAAACUACCAGGAGAUGCUGCUGGAGAUGACCGGGCAGAAGACCGUUCCUCAGGUCUUCAUCAACAAGACCCACGUUGGUGGUUGUGACAAAACCCUGCAGGCUCACAAAGAUGGCAGCCUGCAGUCGCUGCUCAAAGGAGAAAACGAAGCAUUUGAAUAUGACCUAAUUGUCAUCGGAGGAGGAUCUGGAGGACUUUCCUGCUCUAAGGAAGCUGCCUCUUUGGGGAAGAAGGUCAUGGUGUUGGACUACGUUGUUCCCACGCCAAAAGGAACCACUUGGGGUCUCGGAGGAACCUGUGUGAAUGUGGGCUGCAUUCCCAAGAAGCUGAUGCACCAGGCGGCCUUACUGGGCUCAGCCAUGGAGGAUGCACGCAAGUUUGGCUGGGAGUUCGACGAAUCAGUGAAACACAAUUGGGAGACGAUGAAGACGGCUGUCAACAACUACAUUGGCUCUCUGAACUGGGGCUACAGGGUGUCCCUGCGGGACAAAAAUGUCAACUACGUCAACGCCUAUGCAGAGUUUGUUGAACCACAUAAAAUUAAAGCGACAAACAAACGAGGAAAGGAGACGUUUCACACAGCAGCCAGAUUUGUCUUGGCUACAGGUGAGAGGCCGCGCUACCUGGGAGUCCCUGGAGACAAGGAGUACUGCAUCACCAGUGACGACCUCUUCUCGUUGCCCUACUGCCCGGGGAAGACGCUGAUCGUUGGAGCGUCCUACGUGGCUCUGGAGUGCGGAGGCUUCCUGGCGGGCCUCGGGCUCGACGUCACCAUUAUGGUGCGCUCCAUCCUGCUGAGGGGCUUUGACCAGGAUAUGGCCAACCGGGCAGGAGAGUACAUGGAGGAGCAUGGUGUCAAGUUUAUCCGCAAACAUGUCCCCAUAAAGAUCGAGGAGCUGGAAGCAGGAACUCCUGGCAGGCUGAAGGUGACGUCCAAGUCCACCGAGUCAGACGAGGUCGUCGAGGGCGAGUACAACACUGUGCUGAUCGCGGUGGGUCGGAACGCUUGCACAGAUAAGAUUGGACUGGACAAGGCAGGGGUCAAGGUGAAUCCCAAGAACGGAAAGAUCCCAGUGAACGACGAAGAGCAGACCAAUGUGCCUCACAUCUAUGCCAUCGGAGACAUUCUGGAAGGGAAGUGGGAGCUGACGCCAGUGGCCAUCCAAGCUGGAAAGUUACUGGCACGCCGCCUCUACGCUGGAGCUGCAGUCAAGUGUGACUACAUCAAUGUUCCCACCACCGUGUUCACUCCGAUGGAGUACGGCGCCUGUGGCCUGUCGGAGGAGAAAGCCACAGAGUUCUACGGACAGGACAACAUCGAGGUGUACCACAGUCUGUUCUGGCCUUUGGAGUUCACUGUGCCGGGACGCGACAACAACAAAUGCUACUCCAAGAUAAUCUGCAACAAACUGGAUAAUGAUCGAGUCAUCGGCUUCCACUACCUGGGUCCAAAUGCAGGAGAGGUGACACAGGGUUUCGGUGCAGCCAUGAAAUGUGGCGUCACCAAGGAGCAGCUUGAUGGCACCAUUGGGAUCCAUCCGACCUGUGCUGAGGUCUUGACCACGCUGGAUGUGACCAAGAGCUCCGGUGGAGACAUCACUAAAGCUGGUUGCUGAGGUUAAACCCUGCCUGUUUAGUGGGCUGCUCUCACACCAGACUCCCUAACACAAAACCAGUCAACAUCCAACCAUAGCGCUUGUCUCUCAGGACAGACCGUGUCUAAUCCUGUCGGAGGACAAGCCGGAGUCUGAUCUGAGACAGCUUUCUGAACGGCGGGGUUACUCUGCUCGUGUUCCUGUUGGGCUUCACCAGUGGGUCCUUCUCAGAGGAGUCCCAACACACGGUGUGUGUGUUUGGGCUGUUUGUGACGUCCUCACUCGUAACCCGAAUCGCUGAGGUGGGUGAGGAUUGAUGUCCCUCUGCAGAGGCUUCUGAUGGUGUCCCACAAUCCUUCGUCCAAAACCCCAACUUUCCACACGCCUGUCGGAGACUAAAUCACAUUAUAUAGCACUAAGAGGUUUGAACGAACACAUUGUUCUGGUGUGUGUGGAUCACCUUUGUCUUCACACACACACACACCCCUCUUACCAGGUCUCCUGUGAAUCUUCUAGAGAAUGUUCUGCAUGUGAAAACAGAAGCUGCAGAGGUGCUGAUGUACAGAUUUCUGCAUUACACCCUGAAGCCUGACUGGGAAGUUAUGUAAUUAUUUUACUCUGUUGACUUGUUGCUUAUUUGUUCAGCUUCCUGUCUGCCUUUGCUUCAUGUACAUAAAGAUGUCCAGUCCUCUAGAAGGUGAUGAUCUGCUGUCUGUGGGCCACUUGUUUGUUGUUCAUAGUUUUGUAGACCAACGUAUAAUAAAAUACAUUCGCCUUAAA